AUGGAUGAAGCGAUGCAAAGGGGUUUUCAAAUGAUACACCGUGUUAUUCUUACUUUUGCCUUUCUCUCCCUGCUGCUUCAGGGGACGUUGGCCCAUCAAGGGCACCACGGUGAUGAAGGGGAUGAGAGGGAGGAGCCAAAGGUUUCUGUUGGUGUGCUCCACCGUGCCCCAUCAUGCACAGAGGAUCAGCGCGUUAAGGUCCGUUCACACGUCACAAUCGAUUUCCAGCUCUUCACUGAUUUUGGCAAGAAUAACAGAACAGAGAUAAUGAAGGGAGAAAAUAAAGUCAUCCGCUCAGUUGGUUCUGGUUCAACAAUUAUUGGAAUGGAACAAGGGAUAAUCGGUGCCUGUGUGGGAGAGACUCGUUCUAUUCGUAUCCCUGCCGAUUAUGCCUUUGGAGAGAGCGGAAACGGAAGGCUUAAGGUACCCCCAGAUGCACCGCUAAGAGCGAUAGUGGUAAUCAAAUCCUUUCACAUCCCUACCGAGGAGGAGAAGUCGGACGAUGGCAUCAUGUCUAUGGAUGAAGAUUUUGAAGACGACUUUGCCGUAACUUUACCCUUCCCGGAAUCAGUGGUGGAGGUGAAUGAUACUAAUUUCAAAGAAAAGGUCAAAGGCAAAAACGCAUUUUUCAUGCUUUACGCAUCCUGGAGUAACCAAUGCAAGAGUAUUCAGCCAGAGUUUAUUAAAGCGGCAGAGGCUUUCGCUUCUGAAAGUGAUGUUAUGUUUGUGGCGGCCGAGGCGUCAAGUAACGGUGAUAUCGCUGAUAAAUUUGACGUGAAUGCAUACCCUAAGUUUUCAUUGCUUAAAGCGACAGGUACAAUCGUCCCAUGCGAUGGUGAAGGGAGUGCAGAAAGAUUCAUAACGUUCUUGAACAAAGAACUGAAAAAGAAUAUCCCACUGCCAUGA